AGUGAUUGAGCGGGCGUUUUAUCUCUCUCUCUCUCUCUCUCUCUCUCUCUUCUCUCUUGGUCGGCCAGUGUCACGAACUCGUCGCGGUGGAGGGGAGAGCGGGGGGUUGAGCCCGCCGUCGAUUCGAGGGGAGAGGAGGCGGGAAGAGAGGGGCGGCCACCCCGGGGAAACCGAGCCCUAUCGGCCGCGGCCCCCCUCCAUCGACCGCCAGUCGCCGCCGGCCAUGGCAGGGGCGGCGCCGGAUCGGGCGGCGCUGACGGUCGGCCCGGGCAUGGACAUGCCGAUCAUGCACGACAGCGACCGCUACGAGCUGGUGCGCGACAUCGGCUCGGGAAACUUCGGCGUCGCCCGCCUCAUGCGCGACCGCCGCACCAUGGAGCUCGUCGCCGUCAAGUACAUCGAGCGCGGGGAGAAGAUAGACGAGAAUGUCCAGCGUGAGAUAAUCAACCAUAGAUCACUGAAACAUCCCAACAUCAUUAGGUUUAAGGAGGUUAUUUUAACACCGACCCAUCUUGCUAUUGUCAUGGAAUAUGCAUCUGGUGGUGAGCUUUUUGAGAGAAUAUGUAAAAAUAUACGAUUCAGUGAAGACGAGGCUCGCUACUUCUUCCAGCAGCUUAUAUCUGGAGUCAGCUACUGCCAUUCGAUGCAAGUAUGUCACCGUGACUUGAAGCUGGAGAACACAUUGCUGGACGGUAGUCCUGCUCCUCGCUUGAAGAUAUGUGAUUUCGGCUAUUCUAAGUCUUCAGUUCUCCAUUCACAACCAAAAUCAACUGUUGGAACACCUGCUUAUAUUGCACCUGAAGUUCUGUUGAAGAAAGAAUAUGAUGGCAAGAUUGCUGAUGUAUGGUCCUGUGGUGUGACUCUUUAUGUCAUGGUAGUCGGUGCUUAUCCUUUCGAGGAUCCAGAAGAGCCUAAGAACUUUCGGAAGACAAUUCAGCGUAUCUUGAGUGUUCAGUAUUCAAUUCCAGAUAACGUGGACAUAUCUCCAGAGUGCAGGCACCUAAUUUCGAGGAUUUUUGUUGGGGAUCCUGCGUUGAGGAUAACCAUCCCUGAAAUACGGAGCCAUAACUGGUUCUUAAAGAACCUCCCCGCUGAUCUGAUGGACGAUGAUAGUAUGAGCAGCCAAUACGAGGAGCCUGAGCAGCGAAUGCAGACGAUGGACGAGAUCAUGCAAAUUCUAACGGAGGCCACCAUACCACCUGCUUGUUCCCGUAUAAACCACAUCCUAACUGAUGGAUUCGACAUGGACGAUGACAUGGAUGACCUUGAAUCAGACUCAGAUCUUGAUAUCGACAGCAGUGGAGAGAUCGUGUAUGCGAUGUGAGCCAUCUCUGGCGGUUAUCGUACCAAAGCAAACCGUAGAAAGCAGCUGAAGGGCACAGGGUGACCUGAUAUGCUGUACCCUGUCAAAAGAGCUAGCAGCACUUUGAGAAAGAAUCGUUCUGUGUUUUGCAAGCGAAGUCCCGGUCCUGUUCUGGUUGUAAUAUAAUGGGGGUUAGUCCCUGGAGAAGCAUCCUUUCUGUUCCUGUUGUGCUACAUAUGUGCAAAUAGUUCGUACUCCUGUUGUUAAUGUGUGAACCUGUGACUGAACUUGGUUUUAUUUUAUGUUUAUUACUGUAUAUCUA